AUCUACUUAUUAAUGCAUUCUGCCCUACAGUACAGUCAAACUCGCUGUUGUGGAUUUAAUUGUAAACUUAUCCUUUGCCCACCUACAAACAGGUUUACUAUUUGACCCAUCGUCGCCAUGGAGACCAAGGACGCGAGUGAGUUUGGGAAAUGAACGCAACAUCUUAGCAACUUUUAUGAUCGUUUGAUAUGAAGGAAACUGCAGAGCUGCACGAAAAGACAGAAGAACUAAAAGCCUCGAACAAAGCAUUAGAGUUUCUUUCCAGUAUCGGCCCCAAAGAUGUAGAGCAGUGCCUGUUUGUGGACUCUUUGGUGACGGUUUCAGACACUGGCAGAGAGCUAGGAGAGUUCUGUUGUAGUGUACAGAAAGCCAGCUAUAAUGAUGAACCUUGUUAUUUGGUACACGCCAACAGCCAUGGAACAAUCGACAACAUCCCAUGUGGCACUUCUGUUAUGGCUUAUAUAUCCAGGAGCCUUGACACACUAGAGGAGAAUCAUAAUGAAUAUAUGAAGCUGCAGGAACACACACUGGACAAAAAGGUACAUAUAAUGAGGCAAGGCAGUCAUCUAGUGGUGAACAGUGUCAUCACAGAGAAAGAGGAAGUAAAGAAGCAAGCAUUCACAUUCCCUCUGCAUUCUCUACAAGGUUUCGUGUCUGAGGCCUCCAACCUCCUGAUCCUGCGCAUUUUGGCUCAACAGAAGAAAGUUCCAGAAAAUUUGACAUUUCUGUCUUUUGAUGCCGACACCCAGAUUGGCGUGUCAACCUAUAGGGAGCUGGAGGUCAAGAAGCAGGUAGUCGGCAAAGAGGUGGUGGAGGUGUUUGGCAUUGAAAGGACUGUCUCCUCGGCAGAAAAAAUCCCUGCAACAUGGCACUGCUACUUCCUGUCAGAUGGACAUUUAGCCAGCAGAGUGCAGGUGGGCUCAUCAGUAACAAUGAACCUCCGACAGCUUCCUCCUGUAGUCACUGAAGAUGAGAGAGCUCAUAAGUCAGUCUAUGAGAAGAAGCCCUUAGUCUGGGAAGAGGACAUUGAGCUGUACUCGAGGUUUUUUGACAGAAAGGAAGAGCUGAAGGCUGAUCACUCCACCUAUGUUAGACAACACCCUGAGCUUAAAACACUACUGGCUGACUUCCUACAAAUGUUGCUGUUGAGAAAGCCUCAGGAUGUUUUCUCCUUUGCCCGUGACUUCUUCAUUCCUUUUGACUCUCAGCGCCCACUAGACAUCACCUUCAACACGUCACAAAAUAGAACAGCUGCACAAGAUGAAUCCUGGCCAAUCAGGCUUUAAUUAGCAUGCCAGCCUUUCAACUAGGAGAUUGAGAGUUUUACUCGUGGUUGGGUCAUACCAAAAACCAUCAUAAAAAUAGUACCUACUGCCAUCUGGUGAGGCAUGCCACAAUACAGAUGUGAGUAGGAAGUCAAACUCUCACGGUUACCAGAGGACCAGCCCCCCACUGUAACCCUAGCUAUGUAAUAGGUGAAAGGCCGAGGGCUAUUGAAACGGAGAUUGGCAUCGCCCAAUGUGCCUUGUGGCAUGGGAAGGAC